AUGUCAGACCAGACGCUCUCCGCCCAAGUUAACAAGCUGAAUAUUAAAGACGAUGCCUCCUCAUCAUCCGAGUCCAAGCCAUCCGAGAUUGUGGCUGUCGUGGACGAUCUGCUCAAUCAGCUCAACACCAAAUUCAGCACUGUUUCCAGUGAAAUACUGACCAAAAUKGAUGCCAUGUCACAGCGUCUCGACACCCUGGAAGCCAACAUUGCAGCUGGAAACGCAGCAGCAGCGGCAAAUGAGUCGGAUGAGAAGUGA